AUGAUUAGAACGGCCAGACCUCAAGCCAACGCCGUGGUACGUCGCUACUUGUCAUCGACAGCUAAAGCAAGCCAAGGAAAUCCUAAGUCCCCCCUGCAAAUUUUUCGUGAAACGUUCAAACAGGAGUGGCAGAAAUCCAAGGAACUUCAAGAUAAUAUCAAGGCUCUUCAAGAUGCGUCCGGGAAGAUUGGAGAAUCAGAAGCAUAUAAAAAGGCACGUGAGGCGUACGUCAGUGCUCAAAAGGGUUCUACUAUUCUCGGUAAGACACUUAAGCGUACAGGUGAAUCUGUCGAGAAUAUUGCAAUGAAGGCAUGGGAAUCGGAGCUUGGGAAAUCAACGAGGAAUGCUGUUAACAAGACAACGCAAAAAAUAGACGAGUCUUUCGAGCCUGUGAGACAGACCAAAGUUUACAAAGAUGUUUCUGAAGUCAUGGACGAUGGAAAUAGCUCAAGAUAUGGUGGUUUCAUCACGAAGGAAGAGAGAAGACUAAAAAGGGAGCAUGACUUGGUCUCUGGUAAGAGACCCAAAGCAGUUAAAAGUAAUGAAGAAGCCGGGACUGCUUUGGUUGCCACAAACAUUGAAGCCAAGGAAUCCUUUAGCAAAAAAGUGGAGGAUUUCAGAGAGAAAACUGCUCUUGGACGUCAAAUACAUAACUUCAAAGUCAAGAUUUGGGACGAGAGUGAAAAUCCAUUGAUAGUGUUGUUAAGAACUAUAAGCAACAAAAUUGGAGGACUAUUUGCAGAGACAGAAUCUGCUCGUGUAAUGGGACAGUUCAAGAUGAUGGACUCUUCUUUCAACACUGAGUCAUUCACCAAACAUUUGAGGGAGUAUAUUGUUCCUGAGGUACUGGAAGCAUACGUGAAAGGUGACGAAGCAGUGUUGAAGCAGUGGUUCAGUGAAGCACCUUUCAAUGUGUAUGCUGCUCAACAAAAAGUCUUUAGAGACCAAGAGUUGUUUGCUGACGGCCGUAUCUUAGAUAUCAGAGGUGUCGAUAUUGUGAGUGCUAAGCUUUUACCCCCACAGGAUUUACCAGUGCUUGUCGUUGGUUGUAGAGCACAAGAAAUUCAUCUUUACAGGAAAGCCAAGACAGGAGAAAUCGCCGCAGGAACUGAAUCCAAUAUUGUGAUGAGUUCCUAUGCUAUGGUCUUUACCAGAGACCCUGAGAAUGUUGACGACAAAGAAACAGAGGGUUGGAAGAUUUUAGAGUUUGUUCGCGGAGGCUCUAGACAGUUCACGUGA